UAUAACAACAGCAGCCCACAAGCUUUAGAUAUGGAUCUUGUCAUUGCUAUUCACCCUAUCUAUCUUGUGAUGUUUUUAAUCCUCACUCAGUUUGUUUGUUCCAUGAUCAACCAUUUUACUACAACCAUGGCCUUGAUCCUUAUAUUUAUUACAAGUUGUUGGGAUACAUAAUUGGCUUGCUUGGCCUAUUGUGUAUUAAUUUUUUAGCACAUCCAGUUGGAUUGGCAGAGUCCCCACAUGGAAACAACAGGUCCCGAUGCCUGGCCUCUAUAUAUAUAUGUGUGUGCAGUUCCAAGAGUUGAGUAGAGCCUCAGUUACAGACAACAAAGAACUCAUAAGCAAAAACAGAGGUUGUAAGAAAAUGGCUUGCUGGUCUGCUGAGAAUGCUACCAAUGCUUAUCUAAGAACUAUGAGAAUGGGAAAGGAUGCCAAGGAACCCAACGGCGCGGAGUUCAUAUCGGCGCUGGCAGCCGGGAACAACGCGCAGCUGAUGGUGGUCGCCUGCAGCGGUGCCGCAGAUUCGACAACGGUAGCUCUCGUGGCGGCGGCGCAGCAGACGGGAGGACGGGUCGUCUGUAUUAUCAGUGGGUUGGAGGAGCUCCAGGCCUCCGAGGCCAGCCUCGCUGCCGACGCUUGCCAGGUGGAGUUCAUCGUCGGAGAUGCUAAUGACCUGCUGAUGAACAGCUACAAGGACUCCGAUUUCGUCGCCGUCGACUGCAAUCUCGACGACCACGAAACGAUCAUUCGGACCGUGCAGGAGAGAGUUGCGCGACGAGGCAACAACACCGUGGUUUUGGGAUACAAUGCAUUCUGCCGGGGAUCGUGGAGGAGCAACCCUUUGUGUACACAGCCGCUGCCGAUCGGCGGAGGAUUGCUGCUGACGAGAAAAGCCGCGGCAGCAAAGAAAUCAAAUUGGGUCGUCACGGUCGAUAAGUGUACCGGAGAAGAACAUGUUUACCGAGUGAGAUCUUCUGUAGGAAGAGUCAUCAGAGCUUGAAUUUCUCGACAGAGCUCUGCUUU